UCUUCGAGUUGAUCUAUCUGAGUAAAGUUCAGUACACUUUUUCUAUUCAUUAGCUGAACAGCUAGUGCUUCUGAUUCAAUCGAUCAAAAUUUUUUUAAUAGUUUCAAUAUGUAUAUAAAUUUACCUUUGCGGCUAAUUACUUUCAUCUUAUUAGCUACAGUUUUAAUCGACUGCGUUUAUACUUUUGAAUUUCUGUCAACCGAUGGCGAAGAAUGUUUCAAAAAACCCCGACCUUACAAGACUUUCAAUGUGAAUUUAAUUUUUUCUUCAAGAAACAAUAAAGAUGUUACUGUAGCUCUCAAUUCUGGAAAGGAAUGGUCACCUCAAAGUAUCAAGUCUUUCAAUCCAAAACUUAGAACGACAAUUAUUGUCCAUGGUUAUUUAGGUAGUGUAAAUAAACCAGAAGUCAAAGCAGUAAAGAAUGAACUUCUUCGUAUGAAAAAUUCCAAUGUAAUUGUCGUUGAUUGGUCUUCUGGGUGCUCUGCAUUUGUACCUUACACGCAAGCGGCAGCUAACACAAAAUAUGCUGCAUUACAAAUUAAAGAAGGUCUUAUUAAACUAAUAAAAUUCUGGGAGCCAACGAUCGAGUAUAAAUCAUGGGGACUCAUACACUUUUUGGGUCACAGUCUUGGAUCGCACGUAUCCGGUCAAGCAGCGAGAUUUUUGAAGGAAGAAGGUUACGAAGUCGAGCGCAUUACUGGAUUAGAUCCAGCUGAGCCUUGUUUCGAAGAGGCGAAUGUUCCCUCACACGCACCUAAGCGUCUUUCCCGAGAGGACGCCAAGUUGGUGGACAUAGUCCAUACUAAUGCAGCUCUCACAAGAAAUCAGGGUUUCGGGGUUUUAGAUCCAAUUGGGCACUUGGAUUUUUACGUGAACGGCGGUACAGAACAGCCUGGCUGUAAUAAUUUUGACAUGGAAACUGAUACUCUAUUCGAAUCUGAUUUUGAAAAUUUAUUCACUCUCGUUGACAAUGGAGUUUGCAGUCACAGGCGUGCAGUAGGACUUUAUGUAGAUUCGAUGAAAUUUAGCGCGCAUCCUACGUGUAAAUUUUGGGGAUACAAAUGGACCAUUGGAAACAAUAAACCAACUAUUCAUAAAUGUGAAGAAAAUACUUGUCCACAAAUGGGUAUUAAUGCAGAAUUAUUUAAAAAUUAUAACAAAGACGCUGUAAAUACCUUUUGGGUGGAUUCAAGAUCUGAGUCUCCGUUCUGUAUAAAUAGAAAGUGA